AUGAGCGACACCUUCGCGCCGCCCACGCCCGGGCGCGCGUACGAGAGCAGCAUCCACGCCGCCGCGCACGACGCGGCCGUGGCGGCGGCCGCGGGCCUGCAUGCGGCGCCCGCCGCUGCGCCCGCUAGUGAGCCGACGCCGACGCCGACGCCGACGCACUCCGAGCCCUCGCCGGCGUCUGCUGCCGCACCCGCACCCGCACCCGCACCCGUGGCGCCUCCUCCGCAGCAGCCGCAGCAGCCGCAGCAGCAGCCGCCGCUCGACGAGGCACGCCUGCCCAAGGGCGUCGCGCUGGCGCCGGGCGGCAAGGUGCGCCUGACGGACUAUGCGGCCAUUGCCAACGCGCCUCUGCCCGCCGAGGGCAACGGCAGCUUCUCCAACUACCACCUCUGCGCCCUCGUGCUGCUGACGCCCGCCGUGCUGCUGCGCUUCGUGCCCUUCGUCAAGGUGGCGAGCAUGAGCUGGCUCGUGUACUUUGUCUUCGUCGCCCUCUUUGGCGUGCCCGUCACCGUGGCGUACUGGACGGUGAUGAGUGCCAUUGGGCCGCGCAUCAACGACAAGGUCGAGCUUCCGGGGCGCCCGAUUGAGUACUACCUCCAGAUCAACGACGCCUCGCUGCGGGCAAAGUACAAUGGCCACAAGAAGAUUCCCAUGCAAGUCUUCCACGACGCCUACUUUGAGGGCCAGAUCGACCUGGCCGCGGGGCGCGACAUGCUCGAGGUGCUCGAGUAUCGCCUCGACUGGGCCAGCAUGGCCUUUACGCCCGAGCUCUUCAAGUUUGUUUUCUCCGUCCUCAUUCCCGAUGUCAUUCGCCACACGGAGAAGCAGGACAUGGAGCAGGUGCGCGACCACUACGACCGGGGCGAUGACUUCUACGGCUGGUUCCUCGGGCCGCAGAUGAUCUACACGUCGGGCAUGAUUUCCGACAUCCACAAGAAGGAGACGCUCGAGGAGCUGCAGGACAACAAGCUGUCGGUCGUGUGUUCGAAGCUGCAGCUCAAGGCGUCGGACAAGCUGCUGGACAUUGGCUGUGGCUGGGGCACUCUGACUGCGUUUGCGGCAAAGAACUUUGGCUGCGACGCUACGGGCGUCACACUGGCGCGCAACCAGACCAAGUUUGGCAACGAGCGCAUUGCACGCGCCGGAGUGUCGCCCGACAAGGCACGCAUUCUCUGCAUGGACUACCGCGACAUUCCCGUCGAGGCGGGCCACUACGACAAGAUUGUCUCUCUCGAGAUGGCCGAACACGUAGGCAUCCGACACUACGCCAAGUUUCUGCGCGACAUCUACACGCGUCUCGACGACGACGGCACGUUUCUGCUGCAGGUGGCCGGCUUGAGGCCCAAGUGGCAGUACUGGGACCUCGUGUGGGGCCUCUUCAUGAACAAGUACAUCUUCCGCGGCGCAGAUGCAAGCUGCAGCAUUGGCUGGGUCAUCAACCAGCUCGAGGCCGCCGGCUUCGAGGUGCGCAGCGCAGACGUCCUCGGCGUGCACUACUCGGCCACCAUCCAUCGCUGGCUGGAGAACUGGCAGGGCAACAAGGAGAAAAUCGUGCCCAAAUACGGCGAGAAGCUGUACCGCAUCUGGGACUUCUUCCUCGCCUCGUCGACGAUCAUUGCGCGCGAGGGAGGCAGCUCGGUGUUCCAAAUCGUGACGCAAAAGUGA